AUGGCUGCGGUUCAAGAACGCACUCUGCGUACCCUUACUCUCUUUACCAGCGUACUCGCAACACCUCUUCUCAUUGCUACGACGAUCAUAUCCCUCAAGUCUAACUCCUGGUACAAUCACCGCGAUGUAUCGGCAUUCUGCUUUGGCUAUAUUCCACUCGCUAUGACCGCUGUUGCGUCUGCUGUGAGCAUAAUCCAUCAACGAAGGCGUGGUAGUGUACCAGGACCCAAAUUCACACUUCUAGACGGAUUGGCGGGUAUCACGUAUCUGGCGAUACUCAUUCCGAUUUGGGCGGUCGAGAUUGGUGAGUUAGGGGCGCCAGGAUAUGGUCUAUUGACUGGAUAUACAACGGCUCCUAUGAUCGUCAACAUGUUUGUUCACUUCUACUUCUUCGCUCACAAGUCUCGAUCAGUGUGGGCUUUGUUCGCUGCUCCACUGGUGCACGAAUGCCCUAACUGCCACAACAACUUCACAGUGGGCGCCCAGCAGAUCAAGGAGGCAAGCAAGGGUGGAGAGCGAUACACUCUGUUGCGUGGAGAGGACUACCUUGAUACUGAUGCUGAUGCGGAGCCAUACAUCGAUGCAAGUGUCAGACCUUCUGAGGAGCAGCUACGGCCUGAGUGUGACGUCAAGGACGAAGGUAAAGGGAAGUCCAUAAUCGAUGUAUGA